AUGUCGGUGAUGAAGGGAACGAACCGCCUUGUUGGUGGAUGGCUCAUUGCCGCCAUCACUUCAGUAUGCUCGUCGGGCUUUCUCUUGUUCGGGUACGACCAGGGCGUCAUGUCCGGCGUGGUGAUAUCCAAGUACUGGCUGGCACAAAUGGAUCAUCCGAGCUCGCUCAUGGUGGGCACAAUGACGGCGCUAUACGAUGUGGGCGCCGUGUUUGGUGCCAUCGGUGCCGCCUUUACGGGUGAACAGCUGGGCCGCAAGAGAACGCUACUGUUGGGUACUUCGGCGUUGAUUGUCGGGACAAUCCUCAUGGCUAGCAGCUACGAACGGAUUCAGUUCAUGGUCUCGCGAAUCUGCACGGGAAUAGGCAUUGGUUACAUCACAUCCGUCACCCCUGUCUACCAGGCGGAAAUCAGUGCUGCAGCUCAACGCGGCUGGCAAGUCUGCUGUCAGCUCUCCACCAUGCUCGGUGGGCUGAUGAUUGCUUACUGGAUCAACUACGGCUUCUUCUUUGUCCACAGUAGUGCGCAGUGGCGAUUCCCACUUGCAUUCCAGCUGGUCUUCGCCAUCUACAUCAUGCUGGUCGCACCGUGGUUACCCGACACCCCGCGCUGGCUCAUGCGACACCGCUCUCCAGAGGAAGGGCUCGCAGUUCUCGCGCGACUCAGGGGACGGGACGAAAAGGACCGGGUCGUACAGACGGAGAAGAACGAGAUCAUGGAAGCUAUCGCCAUCGAGGAGAGGGAGGAGGGCUCCUGGGCAGACCUAUUCCGCAGCAAUGGCAUUUCGGCCAACAAGCGAUUCUAUCUGGCGUUGGGGAUUCAAUUCAUGCAGCAGAUGUCGGGAAUUAACAUUGUAACAUACUACGCACCGACGCUCUUCUCCACGUCGUUGAACAUGACCCAGGAGAUGUCCAUCCUGAUGGGUUGCUUCCUGCAACUGUGGUACAUCAUCGCCUCGUUCCUCACCUGGUACACCAUCGACCGCGUGGGGCGCCGGCUCCUCUUCAUCUCCAUGGCCUUGGGCAUGUGCCUGGUUCUGGUGGCCGAAGCCAUCGCCGUCAACCGCAUCGAAGCCGCCAACUACCACAACACCUCCGCCGGCGUGGCUGCCGUGUUCUUUGUCUUUGCCUUUGAAGCGUGCUUCACGUGGGGCUGGAUGGCCACCGUCUGGGUCUACCCGCCCGAGAUCCUGCCCCUGAAGAUCCGAGCCAAAGGCGCCGCCCUGGCCGCGGGCGCAGAUUUCCUGGGCAACUUUCUCGUCGUCGAGGUCACGCCAGACGGCGUCAAGAAUCUAGGCUGGAAAUUCUACAUCGUCUGGGCGGUGCUGAACCUUGCCAACGCCAUCAUCGUCUGGCUCUUCUACCCAGAGACAGGCGGCCAACCACUCGAAGCCAUCGACACGCUCUUCGCGGACAAGGAGCAGCGCAGACGGGCCUCGACUUUGCACGAUGUCUACGACGAUGAGCAAGACGACGAAGACGCCAUCGUUGACGCUACUGGUACAGAUCUCAAGAAAAGAGGCCUCCUGAGCAGGUUACAGUGGAGCAUCGUGCGCAAAGCCGACAGGCAGGUCAAGGCGUACAAGCGAGCCAGUCGGCUUCGGAGGAUUUCGGAGACAGAAACGGCGACGGCAGUAUCAGACACCACGACCGCGAGAGGAAGAGACGAGCACAACGAAGAAGAGGAAGAAGGUCGGAAUGCACGAGCACGAGCACAAGGAUGUAAAGUCCACGCGGACCAGCGAGAGAUAGUUGUCCAGAAGUGA